CGUGCCGGAAGCCCUGUGAGAGCGGCGCCUGCGCGGACGGAGCUGCAGUGCAGCAGAGCCGGAGGUGAGCUCGGUAGGAUCGCGGCGUAGCGGAGUCGUGACUGGCAGGCAUCAUGCUGUCGCCCGAGGCGGAACGGGUGCUGCGGUACCUGGUGGAGGUGGAGGAGCUCGCCGAGGAGGUGCUGGCGGACAAACGGCAGAUUGUGGACCUGGAUACCAAAAGGAAUCGGAACCGGGAGGGCCUGAGGGCCCUGCAGAAGGAUCUCAGCCUCACUGAAGACGUGAUGGUUUGCUUUGGGAACAUGUUUAUCAGGAUGCCUCACCCUGAGACAAAGGAAAUGAUUGAGAAAGAUCAGGAACAUCUGGAUAAAGAAAUAGAAAGACUCCGGAAACAACUUAAAGUGAAGGUCAAUCGCCUCUUUGAGGCCCAAGCCAGCUCCUCUUAUAUUCAAAAUCACCCACCCAGAUACUCAACUGGAGAACCACUGUUCUGAGUCUCUGCUGCUUAAAUAUGGUGCAGGAAGCAUUGGCACUGAACCUGAGGUGGAUGGUUAGCAAAGGUGGCUGUGACGACCCUCUUAGUCCUCCAUGGACCUGCCUGCAAAGUGACUGCCUCUCCUCCCAUCAAGAGGUGGAGUCUAUUUCCUUGACCCCUGAAUCUGGGCUGGACAGGCUUUGGCUAACGGACUGUGGCAGAAUGACACAUGGAAUUUCUGAACCUAGGCCUCAAGAGGCUUCACUGUCUUCUCUCGCCUUCUUGGAACCCUGAGACCACUGUGUGAACGAGUGGCCACCUGGAAGAAAAGGCAGCUGACAGCCCGUCUCGACCACCGCACAUGCGAAUGAAGCUAUCCUAGGCCACCGUGUCUCAGCACAUCUGCUAAGUGCCUGCCCCUGUGAGAGACCCCAAGCCACACCUAAAGAAUCAUAAGCAAUUAAGAUAGUCAUUUCAAGCUGCAAAGCUUCAAGAGAAUUUGUUACACAAUAAUAGUUAACUAUUAGGGGGCUUUUACGUGUGCAGACUAUUAGCCCUCUUCUUCCAGACCUACUGAGUCAGAACAGCAUUUUAACAAGAUUCCCAGGUGAUUGUACAGCUUGAAAGCAUUGUAUAGCCAUCCUCCAACAACGCCACGUGGCAAGCCCUAGGGGUCUGCCGUGGGAGAAGCAUUCACAAACCGCCUCUCCUUUGCCUUCCUCAAAGCAAACUGCUUAGUACUUGGACUUCCCGGGCUUCCUUGCAGCAGAGGUGCCAUGUGACCCAGCUCUAGUGGGUGAGAUGUCAGCAGAGUUACCUGCUUUCCUUUGGGAAUAGUCAAAGCUUGAAGGAAAGCCUUUGGCCCUUGGGCCUGCCUGGGAUAAGGGACACAGUGCCUGGAGUUGGAGCAGCCAUGAGGCAACAAGCAUGAGCAUCAGGGCUAACAGGCUGAGUGUGGUAAAGAAAAAAGAUCUGGGUCCUUGGUGGCACUGUGCAUCUGUCACUUAUGGCCUGCCCCAUGACUUCUGGUGACUCAAGACAAAUCAGUUCCUCUCUGGGUAACUAUUAGUUUGUUAGUUGUUUGUAGCCAAACCCAAUCCUAAAUCAUACCAAACCCUAAAAGAUACUCAAAACUUUUCAUCAAAAAAGAAGGAAGAAAAAUGCCACAAACAGGAAAAUGACAAACUCAUUUUGUUUGAAUGGAAAUAUUCAAACAAAAGGAAAAUAUUUACAGUAAGUUUGACAGAGGGAAAAUAUCCUCAAUAUAUUAAUAUCCAAGGCCUUUACAAAUUUAGAAAAAUGGAAGCCCACUGGGGGGGAAAAAUAAGUAUGGACAGCUUACAAAAGAACAACUGCAAAUUUUAACUCUGAAGCCUCACACAUAAUCAAUGGAAUGCACAGGAAACAAGUAAAUAUUUUUACCUAUGAAGUUGGCAAAGGUUUUUUUGUUGCUGCUGCUGCUGUCAUUUUAAAUUCAGAGCUUGCAAAUUUGUGUAAUCUUUCUAAGAAAGCAAUUUGACUGUAAUAAGUCCAUUUUUUUAACCCAGUAGUUCUAUUCCUAGGAAUCUGUCCUAAAAAAAAUAGCCAGUUUCAGUUGAACUUUAUUUGAGAGGAUGUCCUCACAGCAUUCUUUAUAAAAGUGAAAAACUGGAGUCAUGCCAAAUGCUCAAUUAUGUGAAAUUGGUUUCAUAAAUUUGGGGAUGUUUUGCA